AAAAAAAAUUGACAAAUCCAUUAACCUAAGAUUUUAUUAAAACUGCAUGAUUUCCAUUAAAAAGUGAUUAUACUUGUAAUUAAACACUUGAUUAUGAUUUUAAACUAAUUUAAUUUGGAUUUAAUAAAUCACUUAGCACAACCGGAAUUGUUUAGAAUGUCGGCUCCGGUGAAAGUAGAAAAACCUUGAAUUUUUGCUUCGUGUCGGAUUGAAUUCAAAACAAUUCUUUCGGCAAAAACACUGUGUUUUAAAGGUGUUUUAAACAAUGGGACCCAACGUUUGGUCUUCCUCUGAGGGGGAUAAUUAUUUAUUUGAUCCAGAAUUAUUAAAAAACUUGGAUUGGAAUUCUAUGAAUUAUGCUGUUUCUCCUUUCAUUACAAAUGAGGAUCCAGGAGAGUCCUGGUUACUUAUAAGACCAUUAAAAAUUGAGGAUUAUGACAAAGGUUAUUUGCAAUUGUUAUCACAACUUACAUCAGUAGGAAAUGUUUCUAGAAGCGAUUUUGAAAAGCAAUAUUGGAAUAUGAAAAAAGCUGGAGGAUAUUAUGUAACAGUUAUAGUAGAUACAAGAAAUAACCAAAUUAUUGGCGCCUCAACCUUAAUUACAGAAUUUAAAUUUAUUCACAACUGUAGCCUGAGGGCCCGGCUAGAAGAUGUGGUUGUGAAUAAUACUUAUAGAGGAAAACAACUUGGAAAACUGAUUGUCUUAACAGUUAGCCUUCUAGCAAAAAAACUAGGAUGUUACAAAAUGUCUUUGGACUGCAAAGACAGCCUAAUUCCGUUCUACAAGUCGAUUGGUUAUAAAUGCGAACCAGGUAACGCUAACUCCAUGAUGGUCCGUUAUGACGCGCCAAAAGCUGACAGUCCAUCCUGACAAUUAGCCGCCAAUACCUCUGCAAAAUCCAAAUUGUAACUUCAUUAUUUUAAUCGGUAAUUUGUACCAAAUAAAAUUAAUUUUUAAUAUUUAUUGUUGUUAUUAUAUUUUUUCAAUGGUUUCCUUAAUAUGUACAAAUUAAAAAUUUAUUUUUGAAAGCUUCCUGGAUUACUAAUUUUUCAUCAAUCAUCUUUUUUCGAGUUUUUUAUAAUUUAUGAAGCAAAAAUUGUUUUUUGGUACAAAUUACCAAUGAAGUUCACACCCUUUGUGUAUUGAAUCAAUACCAUUACUAUUAAAUUAUUCAAGUUCCGCUAAAAGAAACUAAGUGCAAUAUGCAUUAAACUACUUGUUUGGUGAUUUGUUGACGUCCAAGACUCAAAGGGUUUGUUGUGUUUUGGUCUUUUAUUUCUGAAGACUAAAAAUAUUGUUUGGAUUUUGUUGAUGUAUUGGCUGGUGUUUUGUGACGUUUCGGACCCGUCUACUUAUUUUCUUUGAAUUUAUUUAGCAAAUAUACAAACAUGUUUUA